AUUGUUUGUGACAGAAAGCUCGUUAAGGGUUUCGAACACAAGUGUGUUGUUGACGUCGAUGGUUGGGUAUGGCGACCAGCAGCUGAUACCCCAACACUCCCCAUAUACUCGCACAGAUAAAAGCUGGCAUCAUGUUUAUGAAUUUGAAAAGUAAGAUUGGAGAUGCAACAGAUCUGAAGAAAUUAACUUCUCCACAAUCUCUUGCAUCAGUGAGCAGUUCCCGGCAGCGUUCCUCACAACACACUCCAGGGAGCUUAAGUCCAAGGUCCCAACAUUCACGUCAGGCAUCCACUGCAUCACUCCAGGCAGUUGGGCUGCCCAUAUCUCCUCCUCAGUCUCCAAUAAACCCUGAAGGAUCCACAAAUAAUCAUGAUCGAGUGCAUGAAUUGGAGCGUGAGAUCGCAAAAUUACGAACAGCACUUGAAACACAGCAAGAUGCUGCACUUGAACGGCUGAAUACAAGGGAACAAGAUUGGAAAGGACGGUUACAAGAGGAGCGUGAAAAGAUGAGUACAUUGGCUGCAGAUUUAAAAGCAUCUUGUGAGAGAGAGAAAAAACUUCAACAAAAAAUGGAUGAUUAUACUUCUUCAAAAAAACAGACAACGGAGCAACUCAAGCAGGCUCAAGCAAGAAUGAAGGGACUUGAAACAAGAGUGUGUGAAAUGCAAGAAAACUAUGACCAGAUGGAGGGGCUUAAUGCACAAGAGAUGGCAAAGAUCAAACACAUGUUACUAAAUACCAAUAGCGAACUAGAGCAAGUGCAGGCGGAACUUAAAAGAAAAACUGAGGCUCUUACAAAUGCCGAGUCUCAUCUGAGUUGGGCCUCAGGUUUAGAAGAACGUAUUGGUGUUUUAAGUGAAGAGAAAACUGAGUUAGAAACUCAGAUUGCUGGUCUAAAUCAAAAGCUGAAUGUUGUUAAUGCCAAAUACAAAGCUCUUGAGGAAGCGAAGAGUGAAGAAAUCCAGCACCUUCAGAACCGUGUAACAACACUGGAACAGAGACAUUCACAGACGGCCCUCCAGGAAACGGACAAAGUUCAGGCACUUAUAAAAGAGAGAGAGAAUAUGGAACAUUGUUUGGAAGAAGCAAGACAGCAGCUAAACAACAUUAAAGCAUCUUGGAGCGAUAAAAUCACAGCUUUAGAGAAUCAGAUACGUCAUCUUAAUGCUAAGAUUGCUGAAGAUCAGUCUGAUCUUCAAGAAGCUGAGGGAAGGAAUGAAAUUCUCCAAUCAGAAAUCAGUGCCUUGAAGGAUGAUAACAUGUCCCUGAAGUCAGAGAAGAUAGAAUUAGAAAGAAGGCUGCAGGCAGAGAUAUCUCGGACGAACGAAGAUUUGGAAAGUCUUCGGUGGCAGCUGAGCAACACAACUUCAGAGAAAGAUGAACAAAUAAAGUCUUUACAGGAGAAACUUACAUCAGAAGAGAUCAAACAUCAGUCGUGUGCAAGUGUUCUUCAGUGUAAAUUAGAAGAUAUUGCAUCACUAGAGGAAAAAUUAAUGGAAAUAGAGACUGAAAUGACAUUGGUUAAAGAUAAUUUGACUACAGCUCAAACUGACUUGACUUUGGCACAAAAUGAAAAGAAAUCCCUCCACGAAACACUGUAUCAGGAGCGGACUACUCUAGAAACUAUAGAAAAGGCAAAAUCAGAACUUCAGUGUAAACUGGAUACAGUGAGCAGUGAAAAAGCAAGGCUUUUUAAGAAUUUAGAUGAAUAUGUGGAAAAAGUUAAUGUAUUGAAUGAAAGUGUUAAAUCACUAAAGGAAGAGAAUGAGAAGAGUGUAUCAAAAAUCAUUAAAGUGGAGGUUGAACUUAGUGGAGUUGUACACGAGUGUGAUGCUCUUAGAGAUCAACUAAAAAUUUCCGAAGAUGAUCUUGUGCAUAAAAUUGAACAAUCUGAAAUGGUAACUGGGUUAAGGGAGACAGUGAAGAACCUGGAAGAUGAAUUGCUGGAAAAGAAACAGGCUCUAAAAGUCCAAGGCCAAAGACUAGCUGAUAUGAAGAAGACCAUACAAAGAGAGCUCAAGUUGACGGCAGACUCGCCAGAUUGUGCAGCAGACCCUCGCGUUGACUCCAGGACACGAGAUACAUCUCCCAUUAUCAAUGCAAACUCCUCGGAAAAUAGCUCUUCUAUGGGACUAUCAGCUGUUAAUGGCAGUGAUAAUGGUUUGAAUGUGAACCACACAUAUCUCAAGCAUGUCAUCAUAAAGUAUCUCACGUCUAGGGAGUAUGAGGCUGUUCAUCUGACUCGUGCUGUUGCCACUUUGCUUCAAAUGACCACUGAAGAAGAGAAAUUGCUGCGAGAGACACUAGAAUGGAAGAUGUCAUGGUUUGGCUCGAGACCCAAUUUAGGUAAGGGCCAGAAUGCCAAAACAAUCCCUCCAUCUCAAUGACAUCCUUGGUGGUUGUCAUAGCAGCACCUAAGCAGGUUAUAUCAUCUGUCAGAAGUUGAAGAUCCAAUUACUGGAAUAGUUAUUAUUUUACUUAUAGGGAAGCAUCUGUGAGUGUAAGAGCAGAUAUGCUGCUUAUAUCUUUGGUAAUAAUGUAUAUAAAUGACUUAAAGAAGCAGCUGAUUGUUGCUUCCUUAGCAGAGCAUAUUUUUGUUAUCCAUUUAGUAUGUUUUAUAAGUACUGUAGUCCACACACAGAGAUCACACUAACGUGAUGCAUCAAAUGAACAAAUCCACAAGGGCCGUGACGAGGAUUCGAACCUGCGUCCGGGAGCAUCCCAGACACUCAGUCUGGAUUCAGUCUAGCUCAGUCGAUUAAGGCAGUGUCUGGGAUGCUCCCGGGCGCAGGUUCGAAUCCUUGUCACGGCCCUUGUGGAUUUGUUCAUUUACUGUAGUCCAAUUUUAAAGAACAGAGCUUCAUUAAGCACAAUGUUACUUGAUGGACAAGAAAUAGCAUUAUACUUGUAUAUAAGUUCAAAGCUUAUUACCAUAAAUAUUUGAUAUUUAUCUGAUGUAUGAUGUUGAAACCUCAUACAGAGACUCCUGGGAAAAUGUUCACUAAAUAUUAAUAUUUCUUAAUUGUUGACCUUGGUCAACUUGGUCAACAAGUAUAUAUAUUGGUCAGGAAACUUAUUUUGAAUCCUGUACUUAUCUUGAAUGAUAUUAGCUCUGCCUUGAUGUUCAUGUACUUUCACUUGCAACAAAAUAUGUUCCAUUUUCUCACUGAAGAAUUAGAAAUGAUGCUAUAAUAUUUGUUUGGGUGUCUUUGUUUAGCAUGAUCUUUAAUCUAGUUACAAAUGUAUUAAAUUUUGUUGUCAGCCAUAGGGGAAUUGGGAGAUAUAUUGGCUUUUAUCUGAAAAUAUAGUUUUAUAAAUGAAUGAUAUUGAAUUGGAAAACAAAAAGUAAUAAAGUGGACUCAUAAACAUCACAUAUAUUUAGUGUUGAUCACAAUUUCUUGAACUCUUCAACAGCCCACACUAAUUGAAUCCCGAUACUGCAGAUAGACAGAGCCAGUUCAACUCAGGACCUGAAAUUUACCUCCACAGACAAGUCAGUACACUUUAAACCUGACUUAAGCAGGGUAUAUGCGGUAGUAUCUUUUACGUGAGGGCAAACGUUUCAUUUGGGCUGGAUCGAGGAACUUUAAAUUUGGGAGCCAGUUUUUAAAUCUACUCUCAUUGAAAUGUUUUAUAAUGUCUAUUCAAUAUUAUAUUCAUUAGCUAUUUUGUACUGAAUUUUAAUGGCCAGUUCUUACUUAAUGCUUUGAAAUCCCAUUAUUUUAUGUACAAGAAUAAUAGUUUCAUUAGGUUUAGGCACAUCCGAAGCAUAUGCAUCAUGGUUUAGGUAACAAUUUUCAUUGUUAGAUGCAUUUGAGAAGAUGAAACAUUGGCACAUUAAUAUUUUUAGGCAAACAUGAUAGUUAGUUGUGAAGACACAAUGCUGUCAGUGAUUGUUCAGGAAACUUGUCCUUAUUAUACAGUAUAAUUUGUCAAAUAGUUUGUUGGUUCCAAGCAAAGAUUAUUUGAACACAACAGAGAACAAAAUAUAUUAUAAACAGUAGUUCAUGUUAAGAAAGAGUGAUACUUUGUCAGUUAAUAUUUGGUGUGUGUGAAGAAACAUAUAAGAUUGGUGCAUCAGACUCUUACAUUAAACUGCAUAACACUUAACAGAAAUAUAGAAAGUGAGUGAAUGAAGCUAGAGUGAAGAUUUCUAUGCAAUUUUUGUGAAAAUUUAUUUAUAAGUGCUUGCUUACCAUAUAUGUACAUGAUGUAUAAAUUCUGAUAGGAUAAUUCUGUACUUAUGUAUAUUUUCUUGAAUAUGUUUUGUAUGUGUGUGGCAUGUAAUAAAAAAAACAAAUCUAC